UGAUGUAUAUUGAUAUGUAUUUCUUCUCUCCUCUGCAGACUCACUGAAUUGUCUACAAGCUGACGAGGAAACCCUCUCACUAUGUCAGCUUGCUCACCAUUGGAAAUCUCCUGCAGCCUCUCAUCCCUCUAUGCUUCCAUGUCACUGAACCAACUUUGUGCAGUGUUAUAAAUUGAGAUACUUGUACUUAUGAUUCUGUGCACUUGAAUACUGUGGUACAUACGAACGAUGUAUAAUAUGCCGCUUGUGCCCCCAUGCAUAUGUGAAUGUUAUAGGUGAUACCUGAUAUAUACCAAAUGUAAAUACCGCACGGCCUGAGUACUCUGUGAUAUGCUACAUAGAGGAUUUACACAUUUUUCAAACAAAAUUAUUAUACCAAUGGCGUAGUCGUACAGUGACUCCCCCAUAUCCGACUAUAGAAUAUGUCCUCGAUUCAGCAUAUACCAGUAAUACUCGGUGAUACACGUGUGAUACCACAGUAAUGUUAUAGGUGAUACCUGAUAUAUACCAAAUGUAAAUACCGCACGGCCUGAGUACUCUGUGAUAUGCUACAUAGAGGAUUUAUGCAUUUUUCAAACAAAAUUAUUAUACCAAUGGCAUAGUCGUACAAUGACUCUCCCAUAUCCGACUAUAGAAUAUGUUCUCGAUUCAGCAUAUACCAGUAAUACUCGGUGAUACACGUGUGAUACCACAGUAAUGUUAUAGGUGAUACCUGAUAUAUACCAAAUGUAAAUACCUGAGUACUCUGUGAUAUGCUACAUAGAAGAUUUAUGCAUUUUUCAAACAAAAUUAUUAUACCAAUGGCAUAGUCGUACAAUGACUCCCCCAUAUCCGACUAUAGAAUAUGUCCUCGAUUCAGCAUAUACCAGUAAUACUCGGUGAUACACGUGUGAUACUACAGUAAUGUUAUAGGUGAUACCUGAUAUAUACCAAAUGUAAAUACCGCACGGCCUGAGUACUCUGUGAUAUGCUACAUAGAGGAUUUAUGCAUUUUUCAAACAAAAUUAUUAUACCAAUGGCAUAGUCGUACAAUGACUCUCCCAUAUCCGACUAUAGAAUAUGUCCUCGAUUCAGCAUAUACCAGUAAUACUCGGUGAUACACGUGUGAUACCACAGUAUACAAUAUACCAUGUACCAAUUUGAACCCUGUCACUUCCACUAUUAUUACACUGGUACUUUACUAUUUUUUACCUUUAUAAACCAUACGCCACGGACCCAUCGUAUUUGCGUCUAUGUAUUUGAAUAUUUAUUACGUUAUUGGACACCAUUUCUCUUGCUGCUACAACCGUGUUCAAUUUGACUUGUAUAUAUCGACAUUGAUUUUUGUUUCACUAUGAUGAUGUAACGUUAUCUCUGCCAUCCGAAUAACCCUGAACAUGUAUCCAAUAUUAUUCCAGAUAAUAUGACCACUGACGAAGGUCCACCGUGACCGAAACGUUUGGUCAGAAAUAUUCUGUUGUUUAAUGCUCCUAUAUAUACCACGGGCGAAUGGAUGAUGCAGAGAUUAAUUCAUGAAAUAAAUUUCAUUUAAAUUGCAAAAAGAACCUGAGUGCCUCAAUACUUCAUUCUCAUGAUAAAUGGCUUAAUAAGCCCUUGAUUGGCACCGGUGACACACUUGAAUAGAGUGCGGUUCCUCACUGUAUUAUAAGAUUACGCAAAUUCUGCGGGAUACCAGCACCUUCGAACAAGCAUGACGAAUACCUUUUCAUAUGACACCAUUACAGCAGAGAAUAUAUUGUCGAGGGUAAAUUUACCCAAUGAGUUCCUGCUUAUACCAAACCAUGAAAUGAAAAUUCGCGAAUACGAGCGGGAUCGUAAGCGACUCAUCGGAUGGGAACUUCACUGCAGUACACUCACUGAAUACUAUAAAAACAAGCGGAUUCCAAGAGGCCUGAGAUCUCAUCUCCGACCUACACUCUUCUCAGAGAAAAAGGAAUUUUGCGAACGCUUCGAGAGCAUUCUAAACAAGUGUUCUCUCGAUUUGAUCUUACUAACUAUAGAAGAACUACAAACGUCAAUUGGCGAAUUAGCCACACAGAUCAAGACAACCGAAGACCAGCUGACUUCAACUACACCGGAAGAAGAACUCUCUAAAACCAAAGAAAGGAUUAAUAAACAACUACAAGAAUAUCAAAAGUACGCGGAACAAGGAAAGAGACAGAAAUUUGUACGAGACGCUGAAGAUUACAAAUUAGAGAGAGUCUACCGCUGGAAGGGAAAUCAACAGCAACAAUAUUACAGAGGAUACAGACAUCCACACUACUCUGGUUCUUCGGCAUCAGACAGCGAUAGAUCCGGACAUCACGAACCUCGUUUUUUAGGCAACGCCCCACGGAGGGGCAGAUCAAGACGCGGAGGACCAGGCGGGGCGGGAGGAAAUCAAGAGGGACGCAUACAGACACGCUCCCAGACUCACUGAAUUGUCUACAAGCUGACGAGGAAACCCUCUCACUAUGUCAGCUUGCUCACCAUUGGAAAUCUCCUGCAGCCUCUCAUCCCUCUAUGCUUCCAUGUCACUGAACCAACUUUGUGCAGUGUUAUAAAUUGAGAUACUUGUACUUAUGAUUCUGUGCACUUGAAUACUGUGGUACAUACGAACGAUGUAUAAUAUGCCGCUUGUGCCCCCAUGCAUAUGUGAAUGUUAUAGGUGAUACCUGAUAUAUACCAAAUGUAAAUACCGCACGGCCUGAGUACUCUGUGAUAUGCUACAUAGAGGAUUUACACAUUUUUCAAACAAAAUUAUUAUACCAAUGGCGUAGUCGUACAGUGACUCCCCCAUAUCCGACUAUAGAAUAUGUCCUCGAUUCAGCAUAUACCAGUAAUACUCGGUGAUACACGUGUGAUACCACAGUAAUGUUAUAGGUGAUACCUGAUAUAUACCAAAUGUAAAUACCGCACGGCCUGAGUACUCUGUGAUAUGCUACAUAGAGGAUUUAUGCAUUUUUCAAACAAAAUUAUUAUACCAAUGGCAUAGUCGUACAAUGACUCUCCCAUAUCCGACUAUAGAAUAUGUUCUCGAUUCAGCAUAUACCAGUAAUACUCGGUGAUACACGUGUGAUACCACAGUAAUGUUAUAGGUGAUACCUGAUAUAUACCAAAUGUAAAUACCUGAGUACUCUGUGAUAUGCUACAUAGAGGAUUUAUGCAUUUUUCAAACAAAAUUAUUAUACCAAUGGCAUAGUCGUACAAUGACUCCCCCAUAUCCGACUAUAGAAUAUGUCCUCGAUUCAGCAUAUACCAGUAAUACUCGGUGAUACACGUGUGAUACUACAGUAAUGUUAUAGGUGAUACCUGAUAUAUACCAAAUGUAAAUACCGCACGGCCUGAGUACUCUGUGAUAUGCUACAUAGAGGAUUUAUGCAUUUUUCAAACAAAAUUAUUAUACCAAUGGCAUAGUCGUACAAUGACUCUCCCAUAUCCGACUAUAGAAUAUGUCCUCGAUUCAGCAUAUACCAGUAAUACUCGGUGAUACACGUGUGAUACCACAGUAUACAAUAUACCAUGUACCAAUUUGAACCCUGUCACUUCCACUAUUAUUACACUGGUACUUUACUAUUUUUUACCUUUAUAAACCAUACGCCACGGACCCAUCGUAUUUGCGUCUAUGUAUUUGAAUAUUUAUUACGUUAUUGGACACCAUUUCUCUUGCUGCUACAACCGUGUUCAAUUUGACUUGUAUAUAUCGACAUUGAUUUUUGUUUCACUAUGAUGAUGUAACGUUAUCUCUGCCAUCCGAAUAACCCUGAACAUGUAUCCAAUAUUAUUCCAGAUAAUAUGACCACUGACGAAGGUCCACCGUGACCGAAACGUUUGGUCAGAAAUAUUCUGUUGUUUAAUGCUCCUAUAUAUACCACGGGCGAAUGGAUGAUGCAGAGAUUAAUUCAUGAAAUAAAUUUCAUUUAAAUUGCAAAAAGAACCUGAGUGCCUCAAUACUUCAUUCUCAUGAUAAAUGGCUUAAUAAGCCCUUGAUUGGCACCGGUGACACACUUGAAUAGAGUGCGGUUCCUCA